AUGUCCAAAACAAAGGCUGUACAACUAGUCUAUCACGAAGAUGGCAAAUCGAGUCCUGAGCUCGUGGAGAAAUCUCUUCGAAGCCUGGGUCGACAUGAUGUGAUGAUUCGCGUAGAGGCAGCUUCGCUAAACUACAGCGAUAUGGCAUUGCUCAGGGGCGAGUAUCCUAUGGCGACCAAGGAGCGUGUCGUUCCCCUGUCCGAUGGAGCCGGCGAAGUCAUCGCGGUGGGUCAAGACGUCAAACGCGUCAAGGCUGGUGACCGUGUCGCAGUGGCUUGCACCACGGAUUGGAUUGGCGGUCAAUUCGUGGAAGAGUACAGGCACAGCAGUGUUGGCUUCAAUGUGGAUGGGUUGCUGUCCCAGCAUGCAAUCUUCCCCGACAUUGCACUUGUUCAUAUUCCGGAUUACUUGUCUUAUAUCGAAGCGGCCUCGCUCCCGUGCGCAGCUGUCACCGCUUGGAACUGUCUGAAUAAGAUCGAGCCUCUUCAACCAGGCCAGACUAUUUUGAUCCAGGGUACCGGCGGAGUUUCUUUAUUUGCACUCCAGUUUGCCAAGAUCUUCAAUGUUCGUGUUCUGGCCAUCACAUCGUCCGACGAGAAAGCCGCAAAACUCAAGGAAUUGGGUGCUGAUGCUGUCAUCAACUACAGUACCCAUCCCGAUUGGGAUCGCGAAGUCAUGGCUCUGACAGAUGGAAAAGGAAUUGACAGGGUCCUUGACAUUGCUGGAGAGAAGACCAUUGUAAAAUCUGCAGCAUCGACAAAGGUGACUGGCGUGGUGGUCAUAAUUGGGUUUGCGAGUGGUUUUGGUGGAGGUCUCCCACCAAUUGACAUUCUUUCUCGAUCUCUCACAGUGACGGGCUCGACCAUCGGUCCUCGGACUGAUUUCGAAGCCAUGCUCAAGGCAAUGGCGCAGUCGAAGGUCAAGCCUGUUAUUGAUCAAGUUUUCCCUUUCGCGGAUUAUCGCAAGGCUUACGAGAGGCUUGAGAGUGGAAAGCACGUUGGUAAGGUGGUAAUCAAGAUCUCCGAUUAG